CCCAACUUAACUCGCCUUCGCUUUCAUUCUUUUUUAAAUUGUUUGGGAUAGAAGUCUUAGUAAAUAGAUUGGCAAUCUGUUCAUAAAAGUCCAAUCAAACAAAGUUACCAAUCAAAACAACAACAAUUUGCUUACCAAAGACAAAUCACUGUCAUUUGAAGCAAGGUCCAUAAAAACCAUGUUUUAUGCUACAAACCCUUUAUCUGACAUCAUUGAGAAAUGGCAAACUUGUGAUUCAAAUAUCGACAAUUUUGUGUAAAGUUUAAGAUGGAAUCAAGAGGAACAAGAAAUCUGUCUUACUAUCAGCAAAUUAUUAUCGUGGUUCAAAAGGAACUUGCUCAGUUCUUCAUUAAAGAAUGGAACACUCGCUACAAAUCAAUACAUGGAGAAUGGGAUGAUACCAAAAAUAGUGGCAAAAAAUUUUGCACUUUAGAAUCGGGUAGGAAGUUGAAUAAAAAACUACGAUUAAAAUAUCAGGAUGGAGAAACCAGUAAGUGGGACUGCACAACAUUAUUUAAUGCAAUACUUUAUUCAAAUUCAAUUGGAAAGCAUCUUGACAAAAGAACAAAGAAUGCUGUUCAUGCACUUCGUUGUGAAAGAAACAAGUACGCACAUUGGUAUGAAAGGGAAUGCUCAGAUGAUGAUUUUGAUGAUAUAGUCAGUAUCAUUGAAAAAUCAUUUAAAUAUUUAAAUUUUUCUCUCGAUGAAAUCAAUAAAAUAAAAAAUCAUCGUAACAGUUUUAAUUCGUUCCAAGUGCUUCCUUCAAAACCCAAUCAUUUUAUCGUUGAACGCACUGAAUUACACGAUAAAAUCAUAAACGAUCUUGAAAAAUUAAGGAAUGAUAACAAUAACGAACUGACAUAUUUCUACAUCACUGGUAAUCCUGGCAGUGGUAAAUCUCAACUGGCGAGACAGGUUUGUGAAAAAAUAUCGUGUGAUUGGAAAAAUAGAACUUCGUUUGUAAUGACUCUCGAUGGAAAAAAUGAGGACUCCCUUUUGAAAACUUACCGUGUACUUGGAUACCGUUUAAACUGUGACAAGGAUAUGAUUAAAAAAUUUGAUGAUGAAAAUUGUUCCAUCACAGACAAAGUGAAGAAUUUGCGAUGGUUAGUAUCCACACGAUUAAAAUUCUGGAAAAAUUGGUUGAUCAUUGUAGACAACGUGGAACAGCUCAGCAAAAUUUCUUCGUUACUUCCCCAAGUAGGUGAUCCCAUGUGGAUAAAUGGACAAAUCAUGGUAACUAUCCAGAACACAGAUGCCGUACCUCAAGACGAUGAGUUUAACAAACAUGUUUCCAUAAAAAGUGGAAUGAAUGAUAGGGAAUGUUUUGAACUAUUGAAGCAUUACACUAUUGAACAUGCUGAUGAUAAAUUGUUGAAUGAAGUAUCGCACGCAUUAGAUCGUCAACCGCUGGCUUUGGCUAAUGCUGGUUGUUAUUUCAGUCGUUUAAACAAAGCAAACUGCCCAUUUACUUGGAGACAAUAUUUAAAGAAAUUAUCUUCAGAAGAACAAGAAAACAUGGACACCAGUUUUGUUAAAUUAAACUCGGUAUAUCCUAGAAGUAUGUUACAAGUUUCACUUUUAGCUGUCAGACAAAAUGCUGAUAAUUCCUCAAUUUUGGCAAUUGUUAUUAACUUUUUUUCCGUGAUAUCAAAAUAA